UAUCAAACGAAGAAGACUUUUCAAUUUUUCAUUACGAAACCCCCACUUUCUCUCUCUAGAUUCUCACUCUCUCUUCCAAGAUCUUUCCAUCAAUUUUGUUCUUUCUCGGUUGUCAAUAUUAUUAUUAAUUAUUUCCACCUCAAUUUCGGAUUCUAGCGAUCUGUUUGCAUCUCUAAAUUCGGUCAAUUUCGCUAUAAUUUAGGGCAAAUAUUUAGGGAAAAUGUCUGAAACCCUAGUUUUUGUACUAUUUGCUACUGAUUUCACUGUAAACUGAACCAGCUGAACACCUGAGCUCAAAUUUUGUUGAUUGAUUUGAGUUUGAUUGAUUAUUCAUAUGUAGUAUAGGUUGUUACGGCUUAUAGCUAACCCUAGAAAAGGUAAAAGUGUUUGAUGUACUUGAUUUCGUUGAAAAUAUCCUUUUUUGUUGAAUAGAAACCCUAGAAUAUUAUUAUUAUUGAGUCAUCAUGACUACUGAGUUGGAGAACUCCUCCGCCGUUAACGGUUCUACAGUUUCCGGCGAUGCUAGUUUGUCCUCCGCCGGUAAUCACACGGCGCCGCCACCGGAUAAGCCGGUGAAACGGAAGCGUAAUUUAGCCGGCAUGCCAGAUCCAGAUGCAGAGGUGAUUGCACUAUCGCCGAAGACUUUAAUGGCAACGAAUCGAUUUGUAUGUGAAAUAUGUAAUAAGGGGUUUCAGAGGGAUCAGAACUUGCAACUGCAUAGAAGGGGGCACAAUUUGCCAUGGAAGUUGAAACAGAGGACAAGUAAAGAGAUUAGGAAAAGAGUGUAUGUGUGCCCAGAGCCGUCGUGUGUUCACCAUGAUCCGAAGCGGGCGCUGGGCGAUCUUACGGGGAUUAAAAAGCACUUUUGUAGGAAGCAUGGUGAGAAGAAAUGGAAAUGUGAUCAGUGCUCGAAGAAAUACGCGGUUCAGUCGGAUUGGAAAGCUCAUUUGAAGAUAUGUGGAACAAGAGAGUAUAAAUGUGAUUGUGGGACUUUGUUUUCGAGGAGGGAUAGCUUUAUUACCCACCGAGCAUUUUGUGACGCGUUAGCAGUGGAGACUGCUAAACAUCCGCCAGAAGAUGAACCUACCAAGGAAGAUGAAGAACCAAGCCCUCUACUUAUAGAAUCGGCACCGCAAUCAACCUCAACAGCAUCACCACCCUCACCGCCUACACCAUUGCCGCUUCCUCCACCUCCACCCCAGCCUGCUGCGGCCCCUGCAUUGCCCGUAACAUCUUCAGUUUUGUGUGUUGCAAAAACUCCAGAUUUGCCUGAAAUCGCCAAGAUGAAUCAGGACUCGAUACCUGUUUUGGACGGCCCGCCACAAGUGGUCACGGGGUUGACCAGAAGCUGUAAUGCUAGCUCAACCAACACCGGAAGCACAAGUAGCAGUGUAUUUGCUAGUUUAUUUGCAUCAUCAACCGCAUCAAAAAGUUUUCAAGCACAACCUCAAACAAGUGGAUUCAAAGAUUUUAUUCAGACCAUGAGUCAACCCACACAGACACCCAAUCUUACACUUCCAUCUUCAGUUCAAGAACCCGUAUCACUCUGCUUGUCAACCAGUCAGGGAACCUCGAUUUUCCGAACAGCAGGACAAGAUCUCCGGCAGUAUGCUCCGCCACCUCAGCCCACCAUGUCAGCAACAGCAUUACUUCAGAAAGCUGCUCAGAUGGGUGCAUCUGCGUCCGGUGCAUCACUACUUAGGGGAUACGGUCUUGAGCGAGACGACGCUGAUGUUGGUGCGUCUAUUGGGCUUGGGCUCGGGGUGGGCUAUGAUGGGCGGUCUGGUUUGCAAGAGCUCAUGAUGGGGACUCCGUCUGUAUACGGCCCUAAGCAUGCCACUCUUGAUUUUCUCGGGUUGGGUAUGGCUGUUGGUGGUGGAACAACCAAUGGUUUGUCGGCGCUGAUGACUUCCAUUGGCGGCAAUCUUGACGUUACACCAUCAUUUGGACACGGUGGCAGUGGUGAAUUUCCUGGAAAAGACAUCGGACCGCAGUAGAUGGCCCGGCUUGUAAGUAGACCUAUAUUUUCCUUAUUUUUGUAAUUCUAGCUUGGUAACUCUUGUCUUCUGUAGUAACUAGUAAGUAGAUUAAAUUAUAUGGAAUUUUACUUUUUUGAUGUAAAUUAUUUUUUUAUUUCUAUCAUGUAUAGUUAAAUUCAGGAAAAAACAUAAAUUAUGGGACUCUGGAUCACCGUUUGCAUUUAAAUUUUGUUUUU